CCAUGUCAUCUCUCCCACCAAUCCCUCAGAAUCCUUCCUUUCAAUUUCAAGUUUUCAAACUCUAUUAUUAUUAUUUUUUCUCCCUGCAAGUCUUCCUUGUCUUAAAGAGAAACAAUCUCCCUCUUCCUCUCUGUCUAUUUUCUUCUACUUUCCAUAGCUAUUCUCUUUGCAAAGCAAUAAAAAGAGUUUAAUAAAAUUCAAAAAAAAAAAAAACGAAAUGAUUUUCGCAUUUGUGUGUCAAGUCAUGUGAACUUACUGACACAUUCUCUUCUUCUUCCUAUUCUUAAUUUCUUACCGAGUCACUGACUCAGUGAGUCACAACAUAAAUGGCGUCUUCUUCUCGAGCACGAAGCAGCUCGCCGUUCUCAUAUCGGAAACCUUCAAGUACGUUCUCCUCCACUUCUUCAACUUCUUCGUAUAUGAGCAACAAACUAAUGCCUCGCACGUGCUCGUCGUCGGCUUCUUCGUACUUCAACUCGGGAGGUGGAUACGGUUCUCGAUCCAAGACGCCGAGUCGGUCCAGGUACGAUUCAAUGUACAACGGUUCACGCGGUUACAAUGCUCACACACCAGUGGCUUACGCGCCAGAGGAGAUAAUAGGCGAGCCCGUGGAAGCGCCGAGAUCGGGGGAUAGUAUUUCAGUUACGAUUCGGUUUCGUCCUUUGAAUGAAAAGGAAUUCCAAAGAGGGGAUGAGAUCGCGUGGUACGCGGACGGGGAUAAGUUUGUGAGAAAUGAGUAUAAUCCAGCUAUAGCUUACGCAUUUGACAGAGUAUUCGGACCUCAUGCAACUUCUCAAGAGGUUUAUGAAGUAGCCGCUAAACCUGUAGUGAAGGCUGCAAUGGAAGGUGUUAAUGGAACUGUUUUCGCAUAUGGUGUUACAAGUAGUGGGAAGACACACACUAUGCACGGAGAUCAAAAUGCUCCUGGUGUUAUACCAUUGGCAAUAAAGGAUGUGUUCAGCAUUAUCCAAGAUACUCCAGGGCGAGAAUUCUUACUCCGCGUGUCAUAUCUUGAAAUCUACAAUGAGGUGAUAAAUGACUUACUUGAUCCAACUGGUCAACAUUUGCGCAUUAGAGAAGAUGCCCAGGGAACUUACGUUGAAGGUAUAAAGGAAGAAGUGGUUUUGUCUCCUGGGCAUGCUCUUUCUUUUAUUGCUGCGGGGGAAGAGCAUCGUCAUGUUGGUUCAAAUAACUUCAAUCUGUUGAGUAGCCGAAGUCACACUAUAUUCACACUGAUGAUUGAGAGCAGUGCUCACGGUGAUGAAUAUGAUGGAGUGGUCUUCUCUCAACUUGUACGAUUUAAUUCAUGUCAUUUUCAAGAAAGAAUAUUCCUCUCUAAUAAAUGCCUUGACUUGUACUUUCUUUGUUCCUUUAUCCAGAAUUUGAUUGAUUUAGCUGGAUCCGAGAGUUCAAAAACUGAGACAACUGGGCUACGGAGGAAGGAAGGAUCUUACAUAAACAAAAGUCUUCUGACUCUUGGAACUGUAAUAGGAAAGUUAAGUGAAGGAAAAGCAUCCCAUGUUCCAUACCGAGACUCCAAGCUAACCCGCCUUUUGCAAUCUUCACUAAGCGGGCAUGGACAUGUUUCUCUUAUUUGCACAGUUACACCUGCAUCUAGUAACACAGAGGAAACUCAUAAUACCCUUAAGUUUGCAAGCAGGGCAAAGUGGGUGGAAAUCUAUGCCUCACGGAAUAAGAUUAUUGACGAAAAAUCAUUGAUUAAGAAGUAUCAAAAAGAAAUUUCAGUCCUCAAACAGGAACUCGAUCAGCUAAGGCAGGGAAAGCUUGUUGGUGUUAAUCAUGAAGAACUUAUGAACUUAAGGCAACAGUUGGAGGAAGGUCAGGUGAAAAUGCAAUCAAGAUUAGAGGAAGAAGAGGAAGCCAAAGCUGCUUUAAUGAGCAGAAUCCAAAGGCUUACCAAGCUUAUACUUGUUUCUACCAAAAAUACCAUCCCUGGAUGUUUGAGUGAUGUACCAAAUCAUCAAAGGAGUCAUUCUGUUGGUGAGGAUGAUAAACUGAAUGUACGGGGAGAUGGUACCUUGCUCAUAGAUAGUGAGAAUCAAAAAGAUUCUUUAUCUUCGAUUGCUGUGCUUGCUUGUGAUUCAUCUUAUGAGUUUAGACACAGAAGAUCCUCCAGCAGGAGGAAUGAUGAGCUCUCACCAACUAGCAGUACUAUCACUGAGUCAACUCAAGUAGGUGAACUUAUUAGUGGGACUAAACUGCUGGCAGGUGGGAUGACAUCAGAUCAGAUGGAUCUUCUUGUUGAGCAAGUUAAGAUGCUUGCUGGAGAGAUUGCAUUUAGCACCAGUACCCUGAAACGCCUGGUGGAUCAGUCUGUAAAUGAUCCUGAUAGCUCAAAAACUCAGAUUCAGAAUUUGGAAAGAGAGAUUCAAGAAAAGAGGAGGCAAAUGAGGGUUUUAGAGCAACGCAUAAAUGAGAGUGGUGAAGCAUCAAUUGCUAAUGCAUCAUUUGUCGAUAUGCAGCAGACAGUUAUGAAACUGAUGACCCAGUGUAAUGAAAAGAGUUUUGAGCUGGAGAUAAAAUCAGCAGAUAAUCGUAUCCUGCAAGAACAACUGCAGAACAAGUGUUCUGAUAAUAGGGAAUUGCAAGAGAAGGUGAAUCUCCUGGAGCGGCAAUUGGCGUCUCUCUCCAGUGACAAAUUAUCAUCAUCUUCUGAACAGCAAAUAUCUGAAGAAUAUGCUGACGGGUUAAGAAAAAGGGUUCAAUCUCAGGAAAUUGAGAAUGAAAAACUAAAACUAGAACAGGUGCAGCUUUCAGAGGAGAACAGUGGGUUGCGUGUCCAAAAUCAAAAAUUGACUGAAGAAUCUUCAUAUGCAAAAGAAUUGGCGUCUGCAGCUGCUGUUGAGUUAAAAAAUUUGGCUGCUGAGGUGACCAAGCUUUCAAUACAGAAUGCAAAACUGGAGAAUGAAUUAUUGGCUGCUCGAGAAUUGGCACACUCUAGAGGUUCUGCCUAUCAAACUGUUAAUGGUGUGAAUCGCAAGUAUGGUGACAGCAUGAGACCUGGGAGGAAGGGGCGGCUCUCUGGCCGCUUUCAUGACCUUUCUGGAGCAGCUGGUGUUGACUUUGAGUCAUGGAAUCUUGAUCCAGAUGAUCUAAAGAUGGAACUGCAGGCUAGGAAACAACGUGAGGCAGCACUUGAAGCUGCACUUGCUGAGAAGGAACUCAUAGAAGAUGAAUACAGGAAAAAAGUUGAAGAAGCAAAGAAGAGGGAGGAAGCUCUGGAGAAUGAUUUAGCCAACAUGUGGGUGCUUGUUGCUAGGCUGAAGAAAGAGGGAGCUGCUACCCCUGAGAGUAAUACAGAUGAGCAGCAUAGUAAUGGUAUGAAUUAUGUUGAUGAUCCAAAAGCUAACAACAUUGAGAGUAACAAUAUCCUGAAAGAGAGACAAAUUUCAGAAGUGUCAUCAAAACCAGCUAAUGAAAUACCCAAGGAAGAACCCCUGGUCGUACGCCUGAAGGCCCGUAUGCAAGAGAUGAAGGAAAAAGAGCUCAAAUCCCUCGGAAAUGGAGAUGCCAAUUCCCAUAUGUGUAAAGUAUGUUUCGAAUCACCAACUGCAGCAAUUCUUCUCCCUUGUCGGCAUUUUUGUUUAUGUAAAUCUUGUUCGCUUGCUUGUUCUGAGUGUCCAAUUUGUCGUACAAAGAUUGCGGAUAGGCUUUUUGCGUUCACUUCUUGACACAGCUAUUCAUACCCUCCUAAUGAAGGGUUUCGAGAUCACCUGUUUGAUAUUUUCAUUGUGAUAAGCGGGUGCAAUUCUUUUAUUGGUUUGUCUGUAACUGUUUAAAAGGUAUAUCGAUAGCUUGUUCUCUACCUCACCGAGGGGCCGUAAAAAUAAGAAAUUAAAAGUUAAAAAGCUUCUAAAAAAAGAUUUAAAAAAAAAAGUAAUAGGGUAAAAUCACUACAUCCAAAAUUUCAGAUACAAGAUAUUACUUUGUUUUUAAAAAUUCGCAGCAAAGGUUGUGAUCUGUCUUUUAAACUUUCAAUUGUCAAUGUACAGAAACGAUUUACGCUCUCAUGAAGCAGUUUUUGGGUGCCGGGACCAUUUAUAAAAUGUUUUUGUUCAUAAGUCAUAACUAUCUUCGUGUUAGAAAAAGCAAUUUUCAAAGGAUAUCGAUGGUUAAUCUGAUCACUUUCUUUGGAUAGAAUAAAUUUUCUUUCAUCAAUUCUAUAUUACUGAACGUAAAUAAGUAGUUGUGCAAGUCAAAGUGAAAUUUUUUCUUACAAAUGAAAAUAAAAGACCCAUGCCAAUGAGAAAGAGAUGAGAUAAAAAGCCUAGUUUAAUUUAAGCUUUUUAAUUAAAUCUAGGAAUCUCACUCUCUUUUGCACUACUAUUCUUCAAUUCUCAAAUUUCCCUCGGUUGCUUUUAAUU